UACUUGUGGGCUUUGUGAUAAGUCUACACAGCAAUACUGCAACAGCUGUCAAAUGAAUUUAUGUGUAGAUUGUGUAAGUGUCCACGUGGAGAAACUGAAAACGCUAAAGCAUGAUAUUGUCCCUUACCAGGACAGAGAUGUCAAAUUUACUUUCCCACUUUGUGCACAGCAUUCAAAUCAAAGAUGUGAAGCCCAAUGCCAACAAUGUGAUGUACAAGUCUGUAUGAAAUGUAUCAUCAGCAAUCAUAAAGGACACGCUAUUGGCGAAAUACCCAAUAUUUUCAAUAUCCAGAGAUUGGGAAUAGAAAAAGAUACAUCAGAAUUAGAAAAGGUCCUCAUACCAAAGUACAAACAAAACGAAAAAGAUGUCGAUGCUAAGAUCCUAAAGGUAACGCAAGAGCAUGAAGAAAUGGAAAAUGAAGGUGGAAAACUUAGGUGCUUCUGGCAUCAAGAAGUGAAACGCAUUUUCGAUACCAUUAGAUCUAAUGUCAGAUCUUCAAAGGACGAUCAAACAACAUCGCUGAAGGCACAUCAAGCUAAAGUAAGAGAUGAAGUAAUCAAGAUGACUAAAACACUUCAGCACAAUAAAGAAAUUCUGCUGUCAAACAAAGUGCUUGACGUUACCAAUUACAAAUCCCAAAUAAAUGAGUAUAGAGAUAUGCCCAAAUUGAGCGACGUGGAUAUUCCAGCAUUGAAAACGAAUGUUCUUCUUGGCCAGGAAAUCAGGAUCGCUUUCGGAGAUUUUGAAGCUGCAUUAACACAAGUCAUGGCAUCAGAUUUAAGCACAACUUUCCCUCAUUUGCCGAAGAAGGACCUACUGAAUCCCGUAUUAAUAUUGACCAAUGUUGCAACGGCAGUAAAACCGCUUUUCAGAAUUGCCAUUGCCGGUACAAAUGAAAUUUGGGUCAGUGGAAUUCAGGACAAAACGAUACGACGCUACAAUAUAAAAGGGAUAGAAGUCGAUACCGUUACCACAUCAUGCCCUCAGCAACCUGAUGAUAUAUCGGUAACGAGGAAUGGGGACCUGAUUUUUACUGAUUGUUACCACAGAGAUGUGAAGAUGGUCAAAAAUGGAAAGAUUACUACAUUAUUCAGUACCCCCUGGAGAUGGCAUCCCCGGGGAAUCUGCUGUACAAAAUCGGGGGGAUUCCUCGUGAGUGUCCUACACGUUGACAUGAAACAUCGCAAAAUUCUACGUUAUCAAGAGAAUACGUUGAAACAAGAAAUAGAAAAGGAUGAACAGGGGAACCCAAUUCUUGUUGAAGGCAACUUGAUGGUAUUCCUGGCAGAAAGCAAUAAUGGAGACAUUUGUUGCAGUGACCCUAACGCCCGAGUCAUGCUCAUCAUGGACAGAUAUGGUCACGUCCGAUGUCGGUAUGAUGGUCAGAAAUCAUUGAGAGAAAAGCCGUUUGACCCUGCGGUCAUAGUGACCGAUUCUGCAAAUCUCAUAUUUGUAGCUGAUUGCAACAAUGAAUGUGUACACAUCUUAAAUCAAGAUGGGAAUUUCCUGAUAUGUUUGAUUAAAAUCGGGUCAAUGCCUGCCACGCUGGAUUUGGACAAACAGGGAAGAUUGUGGGUAGGUCUGCGCGAUGAAGGCCAGGUGAAUGUUAUCCAAUAUUUUAAGUAGAUGGAAAGCUAUGGAUUCUAAGAUCUGGGGAACAAUAUGCAGGUUUUGUGAAUCAGCCCCUGGUUGAGAACUUGCAAUGAACUUUACACUUAUAGCAGGUUCUCACUAAAACAUGAUGAAAUCCUAUAUCAACAUAAUGCAUCUCUUUUGUUGCGUUUUCCCCCUGCAAAUUCCCCUCAGCAUAAUAGACAUAUUUCGGUCAAAUAUGACCCAUAUUCAACAAGAAUUUCGGAUUUCAAACAUUUCGGUUGAGCAUCACUGAAGAGACAUUAUUUGUCGAAAUGCGCAUCUGGUGCAUCAAAAUUGGUACCGUAUACGUUUUACAUAUUUGCAACUGUGUUUAAUUUUGCCGCACGUUUGCAGCCAUGAUUAAUUACAGCAAUUCAUCAAUAUGCAGUGGUCUGGCUGCUUACAAAAAUAUUAUAUAUCGAACCUGCAACAUGUGACAUAUUUGCGGCGUGUGUGUAUUUAUGAAAGACAUUAACACUUUUUAUCAUAUUGUCUUGUAUAUUCAUCAAAGAAAGCCCACGAUAAUUCUUCAUUGUCGGUUUCAGUGGUAACCACAUGAUUCCCAAAAUUGAUUUUUUUUCAGUAAGUCAAUCCGUAUCCAAAUAUUGUUUUUGUUUGUUAUAUGGUUUUUUUUUUACGUCUUAAGAAUUUAUCUCUGGUAUAUAGACAGCUAUUGGUGACGUGAUAUACUCGUAUAGAGACAUCACUAGCUAUUGGUGAAGUGCUACACUUGUAUAGAGACGUCAUUAGGUAUUGGUGAAGUGCCACAACUUAUGCUUUAUCGUGUAGACGCCUGAUGUGACACUGGAUCUCUGCCUGAUGUGACACAAAACAUCCACCUGAUUUGACACGGGACCUCCACCUGAUGUGACACGGGACCUCCACCUGAUUUGACAUGGGACUUCCACCUGAUGUGACACGGGACCUCUACCUGAUUUGACAUGGGACCUCCGCCUGAUGUAACACGGAGCCUUUGCUUGAUGUGACUCGGGACCUUUGUCUAACACGGGACCUUCGCCUGAUUCGACACCGGACAUCCCCUUAAGGGACACGGGACAUCCGUCUGAUGUGACAUGGGACCUCUGCCUAAUGUGACAAGGGACCUCCGGCUAAUGUGACAUGGAGCCUCCGCCUUGUAUGACACUGAACCUCCCUCUGAUAUGACACGGAACCGCCGUCUGAUUUGCCAUGAGGCCUUCACCUGAUGUGACACUGGACCUCCACCUGAUGUGACACGGGACCUCCACUUGAUUUGACAUGGGACCUCCACCUGAUGUGACACGAGACCUCCGCCUGAUGUGACACGAAGCCUUUGUUUGAUGUGACAUGGGACGUCCACCUGAUGUGACACGGGAUCUCCACCUGAUAUUACACGUGACAUCUGCCUGGAGACAUCCGCCUGAUGUGACACGAGACCUCCGCCUGAUCUGACACGAGACCUCUGCCUGAUGUGACAGGGAACCUCCGCCUAAUCGGACACGGGACAUCCGUCCGAUGUGACAUAGGACCUCUGCCUGAUUUGACACGGGACUUCCGCCUGAUGUGACACGAAAUCUCCACCUGAUGUGACACGAGACCUCCGCUUGAUGUGAUACGGAACCUCCGUUUUUAAGGUGCUAUCAGAAACGUCCGUGACUUUCUCUCCAAACGUCAUGUGCUUAUCGAAGGAACAGCCACAUCCUUUGUUAAAAGUCUUCUGUUCGAUCUAGCGCCAGGAUUCAGAGGCGAACCCGAUCCUCCCAAGAUGGCGAAAUAAGCACUUUAACUAUUGGUCUGUCGCGACCGAUCCAGAUCAUAGUUAUCCGAGUGGACGAAAUUGUGACAUACCAUAUUAUCUCAUCGCCGUUACAGGAAUGCUUAGCAGAUAUAAAAUCUUGGAUGAACGUCAACCUGCUGAAAUUAAACGAAGAAAAAACUGAAUUUAUAGUGUUUACUUCGAAAUAUUCAAACGUUUCACCAUCUUUUCAACUGUCUUUUGGAAAUACCAUUGUUUCCAACUCGGACUGUGUUCGAAACCUUGGUGUUUUCUUCGACAGUGUACUUUCUUUUAAAAAUCAUAUUAGUUCCAUCUCUCGUUCUUGUUAUUAUCAUCUACGGAAUAUUGCACGGAUUCGUUCUUUCAUCAAUGAUGACGCCUGCAAGACACUUAUAUGUUAUCUUGUGUUAUCACGCUUAGACUAUAAAAAUGCACUAUUUAAAGGGCUACCCCAAACAGAUCUGAGCAGGCUACAGACAAUCCAAAAUUCAGCAGCUCGACUUGUUGCUCGGGUCAGGAAGCAUGACCAUAUAUCACCGGUGCUUGUGUCCUUGUACUGGCUUCCAGUUGAUUCCCGUGUUGAAUACAAUAUUUUACUACACACAUACAAGGCACUAAACGGAAAGGCACCGGCCUACAUGUGUAUAUCAGCGACCUCAUCACUGUGUACGAACCAAAAUGAUCUCUGCGUUCAUGCAAUUCACGAUUGCUAGAAAAACCCUGCGUUCGUACAAAGACCUAUGGAGAUCGAAUGUUUGAUGUAACAGCUGCCACACUAUGGAACAGUUUACCGAUAGACAUCCGUUCGUGUGGCACUGUCAAAAGUUUUAAGACAAACCUCAAAACAUUUCUUUUUAGGAAAUCUUAUAACCAUAUUUUGUAAUAUAUUCUUUUUUAAAGUAAAGGCUGGUUUGUCGCAUGAACUCGUAAUGUUUAAAUUGUUUUAUUUUAUUUGGAUGUUAUCUUUUAUGCUCUGAUUAAUCUUAUCAUGUUUUACAUUUUACAUUGUUAAAGCGCUUAGGGUAAUUACACAAAUUAUAUAAUGCGCUAUAUAAAUGCCGCACAUAAUAAUAUAAUAAAGCAUGUUAUGAACUUUUAUCCACACCAACA